CCCUAACCGUGUGUCAUGUCUUUCUUUCAUUUGCCGUCGUGCACAAUGCACAUGCACGCCGCCUUAUCUCGAUGCCGCCCGAUUUUGGACUUGUUUGCUGCCAGGGAGGCGGCGGGCGUUUUUUCCCAGCCCAUUCCCAGUCCAUUGCCAAGCCUCCCAACCUGUCUCUUUCGCACAUCUCUCCCGCAUACAGCCCCUCUUGAAGUAGCCUGACACUUCUGUGCGGAAGACGCUUGUUGCUUUACCACACCAUCUUAGUCCCUCCCUUGAGCGCCAGCUCGCUGUCUAUAGUUCUAUACAAUGUCGCCCCCUGUCCGUGCGGCGCUUGAUAGAUAUUAUCAUGAGGUGGCCAGCAUCAUCCUCACGCGUCAGAAUGCUGUCACUGGGCUGAUCCCAGCUUCAGUCGCGAUAACAACCCACGGAGACUACCGGGACGCCUGGGUUCGGGAUAACGUGUAUACAAUCUUCUCGGUCUGGGGUUUGGCACUCGCCUACCGGCGUAUUGACGAUGAUGAUGGGAGAGGAUAUGAGCUGGAACACGCGACCAUCAAGACGAUGCGAGGUUUACUGUUUGCAAUGAUGCGCCAGGCCGAUAAGGUCGAAAAGUUCAAGAAUACUCAGGCGGUUACCAACGCGUUGCAUGCAAAGUACAACACACAAACAGGUGGCACCGUCGUCGGCGACAAUGAAUGGGGCCAUCUUCAGAUCGAUGCGACCAGCAUUUUUCUUCUCAUGCUCUCGCAGAUGACAGCCAGUGGAAUGCGUGUCGUGUAUACCAUGGAUGAGGUACAUUUCAUCCAGAAUCUAGUGUUCUACAUCGAACGCGCAUACAGGACUCCGGACUUCGGAGUUUGGGAACGUGGAAACAAAGUCAAUCAUGGAGAGCCGGAGUUGAAUUCUUCCAGUAUAGGCAUGGUGGUCGCGGCGCUGCAGGCGAUCAAGGGGUUGAACCUCUUUGGGGCGCGCGGAGGACCAGCGUCUGUCAUUCAUGUGCUUCCAGACGAGAUCACGCGGAACUACACCACAUUGCACUCGGCACUUCCCCGUGAAUCCGGCUCCAAGGAAAUCGAUGCUGCCCUGCUGUCGGUGAUCUCAUUUCCAGCAUUUGCGGUGCACGACGAGCAGUUGGUCACGCGGACGCGGAACGAGAUUGUGAAGAAGUUGGGGGGCAAUUAUGGUUUCAAACGCUUUUUGCGUGACGGGCAUCAAACAAUGCUCGAAGAUCAUAGGAGGUUGCACUACGACCCCGCGGAAUUGAAGAUCUUUGAAGGGAUUGAAUCUGAGUGGCCAUUAUUCUACACUUACAUGAUUUUGGACGGCCUCUUCCGUGAUGACCCAGCACAAGUGCACGAGUAUCGGGCCAAGCUCGAUCCACUACUGGUCGAUUCGGAGGGCAUCCCGACCUUCAACCGGCAUCAACUGGCCCACGAGCCAGUAAACUCACCACAUGCGCGUACGCCCUCGGUUUCGAAGCGUAUCUUACCUCCAGCGCACAUGCGCUUAGUGCCGGAACUCUUCAUCGUUCCCCGCCAAGCUGUGGAAGCUGAGCGCAAGAGUCCAAAAUCUCAAGAGCGCGUACCGAACGAGAAUGUCCCACUUGUAUGGGCCCAAAGUCUGUAUAUUCUUGGAAACCUGAUUCACGAUGAACUGCUAUCGCCUGCGGAGCUGGACCCCUUGGGCCGUAGACUCUCGAUGCGUCGAAAGAGCAAUUCAGAGGUUGUGGUGCAGGUCGUGAUCCUUUCGGAGGAUGAGGAGUUACAGGACCGUUUGAGGAAGUUUGGCUUGGAUACUCAGGUUGCCGAAACAUGUGCACCAGUGAAGAUUUCCCCUCCGUCGGCCCUGCGUGACGCUUAUACUGCAUUGGGAGAGAACCAGAAGCUUGGACUGACUGGGCGGCCCAAGCGGCCAAUGGGAACGCUCAGCACAUGUAAACUAUACCGCUGCCAGGGCAAACUCUAUGCCUUCACGCCGCACUUCAUGGAUAAAGAGGAGUUCUAUCUCGUCAGCGAUAAUGAUUAUCUUGUGAGCUUGUUCGAACAGGAACUCUCAUUUGUGCGAAACCACUGGGACGCCACUGGUCGACCUACCAUGACUGUAAUGCUGACCCGUGAAAUGAUGGCCGGCAUCCGUGACAUCGAUCAACAAUCUCAAAGGUGGCGACACGACUCUGUCCAUAGUAGCGGACGCAACCUCCUCAACUUUAUGAUGUCUCUGCGGUCAGGGCGGGUUGGCGGGGUGAGGGUCCGCUCUGGCCGACUGAGUGAUAUGAUCCCCACCGCGUGUGUCGAAAGUCUUGACUUCCUGGUCAGCGUCGAAAACAGCGAUUACGAGGAUUGGGACUCGGUGUUGAGCGGGCAGGGUGCCGAUCACGAUUUGUCGAAGCUGUCCUACUCGCCCAUCGACACGGAGGAGGCUGGGAAGGAACGCAUGCGAUCGGCUAGUGGGGAAUAUAGGAGAACUCGUAGGCGGUCUAGCAUGGACUUGCUGGCACCCAAGAGUCCUCUGGCAAGUCCCUGGGUCAUGGACGAAGUGUGGACGCGAGAUGGAUUCCGCUUGCACGAUCAUAUCGAGGAAACUGAUGAGACGGUGCAUGCAUCGCACUCCGUCCGUGUGGAAACUCCUCGUCAUGGGCCAAUGUACGCAACUUGCGAUCCGAUUGAUCCGAACAGCAGCCCUCCGAAAGAUUCUGUCGCAUCUCAAGCAGUGCUGACGCUGACCCUGCGCGACGCGGGCAAGGUUCCUGCCGCCGUUGAUCUGUUACGCAAAUCAUCCAACUUGUUCGAUCAGAUUGACCUGCUUCAUUACAUCUAUUCCUGCCAUGGAUUGGGGUAUGACAUCUCAGGACUAGGGACCGUCUCCACACUCCUUGAGGAAGUCUAUCUCAAAGCGAUGCAUCUGCGACAAUGGAGUAUCGUGCGACAAGCUGCCGGACUUCUAAAGAAGAUGGUCAACUCUCUGACGAUCAAUCUUUCUGACCUACUCAUCCGUCAACGCCCGGUAACAAUUGGAUACGGAAGCGAGGAGAUGUUCAUCACAUCGCCAAUGUCGCCGGCGGCUUUAAAGGAGAGCAUUUACAAACACUGUGCAAGCGAUGUACGGGAGGCCCCUCUUGUACAAGAAAUCCUAACGUAUCUGGGCUCCUUCAUCCGUGGCACACCUGACAUGUUCGAAGGUAUCAUGCGUGUACGGACCCACUUCUUCAUCAUCGCGAUCCGAGAGGAGAUUUCGAGGUUGAAGGGGUGCAAUGAGGAAGUGGCCAUCGAGCAGCUGAUGCAACUCAGCCCUUAUGAGAUGUGCGGCCUACUUGGGCAAAUCCUGGCGGCUCACGAUACCUGUAACCUGCAGGAUCUCCACCACAGCGCUACCCUGGGUCUCACCGCGUCAAUCCCGCGGGUGCGGCAUCUUGCGAACGUACAGGUGGAGGGAACAGAGUCGUCCGCCAUGCGACUGUCAAACAUUGGAGCAAACCUUCCGACGGACUUGCUCAUUCAGGUUCAAUCCGCCGGCUUCAACGCAGGCAAUUUCGCGAGAAUCGACGUGUGGCGGGAUGGACAAAAGCAGCAGAUCCGCGAUUGGGGAUUCGGUCGUGGCCUGAACGUGGCGCUCCUCGAUCCCCUCGACGGGACCAUUUUGGAACGUGUCACUUUCGAUACGCACGUUUCGCAGAAUGAGUCCGAGGAGUUCGCCAAGCUGGUGGAGUUCCUGGACCCAGGAACGAUCGUUGUUGUUGCUGUUAUGGAUGACGCCGCAGAGAACUUGUCUGAGUUGGCCGUUGCUGCGUUAGAGAGUCUUGGAUCGGCUUCCAUUCGAUCAUUGCAGUACCGAGAUUCUUGGUGCAUCAUUGGCGAGAGAGGCGCAGAAAAGGGAUCAGUUCCCGAGCAUUACAUGCAGAGUGAGCGCGGACCGACACCUGUGCUCGAGCAACGCACGGACCUCGGUAAAACGAGGCGCAACAUUCUCAGUCAAGCUGCUGCGAACACGUCCUCGGGAUUGUCCUUGACAUUACUGCUGCCAUCGCAAGGAAGGUGGUUGAGGCGAAGGAAGAAUGACGGAGCAGUGAACAGAGUUCCGCCAGACUUUUACCCCAGAGUGUGGAAGCUGUUGUGCAUGUCGGAAGGCAUUCUGGUUGGGAAGCAGUUUCUGCCGAGUAACCCGACGGUAUACGAGAAGACGGCUGAAGAGCUCAACUUCGGUCUGCAAGUCGAAUCUCUUCUCGAUGUGAUUCGCGACCCCGCGGAGCGCGAGAUUGCCGCCGAAUGCCUGAUGGUGAUCAAUCGCCUCGGGGAGCGCAAUCCGUCCAUCAGCCUGCAGCAUCGCCGGGUCGAUCUUCUGGCCAUUAUUCGCGAUGCGGUCGAACGGCACUGGGAUGAUUGGGUAGCGUCACACGCCUCGGACAUUGCCGGCUCGUCAGAUCCCGACGUGAACGCGGAUGGACAAGGCUCGCCCCAGCAAAAAACACAAUCUCUACAGCCCUCGACGCCAAACACGCCUCGCCGGACGAGCAACACUGCGCCCGGGAACGAAGUGCAUCCGCUUUUGAGUCGGAUUGGGCUUGUGCGUGCGGCCUCGCAACUGAGCGUGGAUACGGGCGCAGGGUCGGAAUCGGGGAGUUCGCACGGUGGGAGCGUGCCCGUAUCAGCAGCGCCAGGUGCGGUCAACGGGCAACCGCUGGUGCUGCCGCAGGGCGACUGGUCGUUCCAGCGCCAUGAACGGCUGGCCAGGCGUCUGUUUUUCGACCUCCCGCACGACGGAAAGGACGGAACAACGGGAUACCUUGGCGGGAGUUCUGGACGUUUGUUAUUCGGCGGCUCGAUCGAGCUUGAUCUGUAGACAUACCCUUACAUUUUCAUGCAUUGGCGCUGAACCUAUGGAGGCCAAGGACUCUUGACCAAGUAUCUUGCUAUGCCUCUCUAUUUAUAUUUAGAUCAUUUUUCCCUGUAAGCCAUACUUCGAAGUUCCCAGUCAGCCUUUCAUUCCCACUGCAUUGCCAUGGAUAUGGAUGGUCCUGGGAGGCAGUUCUCCCUUCCGCUUCGGAGCCCGUAAACAAUGCAC